CGACAUACGCCUGACGUCAGCAAUCAACAAUGGAAGAAUACGUCCGUGAGCCUUGCCCAUGGCGAAUAGUAGAUGACUGUGGGGGUGCAUUUACCAUGGGAGCCAUAGGAGGGGGUGUUUUCCAGGCUGUGAAAGGCUUCCGGAAUGCACCUGUGGGAGUGCGGCAUCGGCUGAGAGGCAGUGCCAAUGCUAUAAGAAUACGAGCUCCACAGAUUGGAGGUAGUUUUGCAGUGUGGGGCGGGCUGUUCUCCACUAUAGAUUGUGGGCUAGUCCGUCUGCGGGGUAAAGAAGACCCGUGGAACUCCAUCACCAGUGGAGCCAUGACUGGGGCAGUAUUGGCAGCACGAAGUGGACCCUUGGCUAUGGUGGGUUCAGCGAUGGUUGGUGGGGUUCUCCUGGCUCUUAUUGAAGGUGUUGGGAUCCUGCUGACCAGAUACACUGCACAGCAGUUCCAGAACCCAAAUCCUUUGGUGGAGGACCCAAGUCAGCUUCCCCCAAAAGAUGCAAACCACAGCCACCGUGGGUUUGGACAGUACCAAUAGAGGUGUGGAACCCAGCAUCAUCUCAGCCAGGAAACAUCGAAAAGGAGGUGAUUAUGAUCCACCUGAGCCUUCAGAGACAUGCUGAUGUAUGAAGAGAACCCCAAAAAUGUCAGAACUGUGUUUUCUGGACCGCUUUUUUGACGUAAAAUUGUAAAGUUGAAUGGGUGUUUUUUUUUCCACCGGCAGAUUGCAAUUCAUUUUUACCUUUGUAUUUCUGAGACUCUGUAUAUAUACAAAUAUAUAUUAGUAUUUUGAAUUUGUUUCUUUAAAAUACACAUUACAAACUGAUCGCUGGUUUUCAGAGAAUACAUUUUUAAUCUUGAAUAUUCAGUGUGGAGUUAACACAAAUUCAGCUGUGAAGCUUCGACGGACCGAGCAUUUGUUUUGCGGGGAUAUUUACGAACUUGACCCACGUUCACGUAACAGAAUCAUGACUUGAAAACCUGUUCACACUCAGGAAGAAAAUCACAAUGGAGGAAAAUACUUUCAGAUCAUAAUGAAGCUGUUGUUCUGGAAACGGACACACUACCAAAUUGAAAGUGGUGUUCCUGUUUUCUGUCACCUUAGAGGAGGAAACAUGAGGGUAAUUUGUGAAUGCAACAGUUAUGUGAAGCAACUUGGGUGAUCAAAGCAGUCAAGCUGCAUCUAGCAAUUUAGCAGUAUUUUCCAGUUUUUUGCUUCUUAAUCUGCUCCUCCAUUGCAGUUCUCAUUUCCAUCCUGCUCUGUAUCUCCUCUAGACCUACCUGUAUUCUCUGCUUUGAGGUCUUGUCCCUCAUAUCACUUCUACUUCUAUAUCUAUAUCUGUCUCAUUCUUUCUCUUUUUGUGACUUCUUCAAAUAGAUAAUAGCAUUUUGCUUUUCAGAACAGUAUCAGCAAAAGCAUUUAAGGGAUAGCAAAUUUGACUUAUUUAUUUUACAGAACACUUUCUGAAAUAAAGUAUUUAAUUUGUUUUAAUGGUGUGACCAGUGCUGUUGUGUUGUGGUGUUACAGUUCAGUUCGUUAUACAGUAGCACACACUACUUAUGUGAUUU